AUGGAUGUAGAUCCAGAAAAACAAGGCAGCAAUGGCAACGUUGCCAGCACCGACUCCAGCGAGAAUGUCGUCCCCAAAGAGACAUCGCCUCGUCCGAUUCAUGGAUGGAAGUGGGCCAUUGCGUAUGCCUCAAUGAUCUCGACUACCUUUCUCUUCGCGUUGGACAAUACUAUCGUCGCCGACAUCCGACCUGUGAUUCUCGACUUAUUCGGUGAGGUGUCGCUUCUUCCAUGGAUCGGCGUCGGGUUUGCGCUCGGCACCAUGUGCGUCCUGCCAUGGGGCAAGGUGUACGGAGUCUUCAACGUCAAAUAUGUCUAUCUAUUCAAUAUAGCACUGUUUGAAAUUGGAAGCGCGGUGUGUGGCGCCGCUCCGAAUAUGACUGCCCUUGUGGUUGGCCGUGUCAUCGCCGGGGUGGGCGGAUCUGGGAUGUACUCGGGGACCCUGAGCUUUGUGGCCAUGUUGACCUCGCUGAAAGAGCGACCAAUCUAUAUGGCUGGCAGCACCGUCAUCUGGGGAAUCGGAAGUGUUCUUGGCCCAGUGGUCGGCGGUGCGUUUGCAGAUAGUUCUGCGACCUGGCGAUGGGCAUUUUACAUCAAUCUCCCGAUCGGAGCUGUCUUCGCCCCAUCCUAUCUCUUCCUGAUCCCCAGCGUGGACCCAAAGCCGGGCAAAACUUUGGCAGAAAAGUGUCGCAUGGUGGACUGGAUCAUGACGACUACGUUCCUUGCUGGAUCUGCCUGCCUGGUUAUGGCUAUCACGUUUGGUGGCACGCUGUAUGCAUGGAGCUCCGGCAACGAGAUUGCGCUCUGGGUUGUAGCCGGGGUCCUUCUACUCGUCUGUAUUGUCGUGGCAAAAUUCCAUCCAGGUGUUGAUAAGGGCAACCGGCUCUAUCCAGCGCAUUUUCUCAAACGGCCUAUCUUGAUCAACCUUCAGGUGCAGAUGUUCCUGGUGUCCGGUAUUGUGCUGGCUAUGACUUAUUAUAUUCAGUUGUUCUUCCAGUUUAUCCGGGGAGAUGGCCCCUUGGAUGCAGGCGUUCGGCUCCUCCCUUUCAUCAUCUCCAUGGUCGUCUUCGCCCUGGCCAACGGAGCAUUCAUGCCGAAACUGCCAUAUAUCCUUCCAUGGCAUCUUAUUGGCAGUGCACUUGUGGUUGUCGGGACAGCAUUAAUGUAUACCGCGGACCUCACCACGUUCAACGCUAGAAUCUAUGGAUACUGUAUCCUAGUCGGUGCUGGAUCAGGCUGCUAUGUGGUCGCCGGGUUCCCCAUUGUACAGUCUCUUGUUGCACUAAAGGAUAUACCGAAUGCCGUGGGUGCAAUGGCUAUUUCUCAAGAUCUCGGUAUGGUCAUCUUCCUUGCUAUGGCAGGUUCGAUCUAUCAGAAUCUCGCCUUGCAAAAAGUGACCCAGGCAAUGCCGGCACUAAGUGCAGCUGAUAUCACCAAUCUCGUCGCCGGUACUAGUAGCCGGACGUAUAAAGCACUGUCGGAAUCGGAGCGAGCUUUGGUGACGCCGCAGAUUACGGAGGCGAUGAGCAACGUAUGGUUGUUCUUGGUAGCUGGGACAUUGAGCUUCGUCCUGACUCCUGCUUUAUGGAGGCCAUUGAGAAUUGAAAAUCAUGAUGCGUGGUCCGUUCUGUUCGCCCGCACGCUAUCGGUGAAUUGGCCGUAUGAAGCUGCCGGCUAUCUUCUGUGGACAGGGAAUAAUAGGCAUCUGGCCAUCAAUCCUGUCUUUGAGAGACACUUGAUGAGUCUGAACAACUGGACUUUGGGCCGAGAGUUUGCUGUGGCCUAUCCAAGCCUGGCUGACGCAGCCAAACAGAUCCAGGGACUCAAGUUGGACAUGCGCGAAAUAGAGCAAGAGAUGGAAUCUGCGAAGUCUCCAGUCACUCAGCUGGGUUACGAUCAUGAACAGUGUGAGAAAGAAAGAGGGUAUGUGGGAACCGAAAUGGUCAAAACCAUUAGCGAUGCGUUCAUCGAUUCCCUCCUCCGCAUCGGAUGCGCCGGGCAGGUCUCCUUGGACAAGAUGGACGACGAACCGGGUCCAGAUGAGCAAUCCAGCGGCAGUCACUUCAACCAAUAG